GUUAUAAAUUUAACAGGAGUAAAAUAGUGAGUAAAAAUUAACGAAUACAUCACAUUAGUUGUAGAUUUGUUCAACGAAAACCUUUGUUUGUAAUAUUGAAAUUAAUUAUUGAUUGAAGAUUCUAAUUAUUAGUCAGUCUGUUUUCAAAGGUGGCAAGUUGCAUUCUAUAUUUAUUUAAAAAUACAGUGGCAAAUAAAAUUAACAUGAGUGGCAUUGAAGAAAAUCACAAUAAAAUAGGAAAGAAAACUCAAGUUGAUCACAUUGUAGAAGAAAUAUUAAAUACCGAACAAAAUUAUCUGGACAUUUUAAAUGUAAUUAACUUUGGCUACAAGAAAAGGUCCAUUGACAUAACUGUUAAUUACUUAUUGCCUCCAGAUUUUGAAGGUAAAUUUAAGGUAAUUUUUUCCAACACGAACCAAUUAGAAAAAAUGCACAGUGAAUUUUUUGAGGACCUCGUAAAAUCUGCACACUCCAUCGAUUUGUUAGCUGAAUGUUUCAUAAAAAGAGAAAAUUUGUUUUUAGACUUAUACACCGACUUUUGUAUGAAUCAUUAUAACUGCAUUGAAGCAGUUAAUUCAAAUGAUUUGCAACCUUUUUUUAAAAAUUGUCAACAAAGCUUGGAACAUGACCUAUACAUAACUGAUUGUUUAGACAUGUCUCUUCAGAGGAUCAGCAAAUAUAAAUUGCUACUAAAACAGUUGCUUAAAGAAACUGAGAGUCAGCAUUUAACCAGAGCUUUCAAUUCCGUUAACAACAUCUUAGAUAAAAUCAACAAGAGUGUCAGCUACUCCUUGCAAGGUCUGCCUGAAGACCUGAUGAACAAGGGAAAAGUGAUUUUGCAAGGUGAAUUUCAAAUCGUAGAAGCCAAUGCUGAACGAAAAUUGAGCCCAUGGAUGAGAAAACAUGUAUUUUUAUUUGAAAGGUUAAUUAUCUUGAGCACACCAAUCGUCAAUAACAAACAAACAAUAUUACAAUACGAUCGACACUUGAACGUGACUGAAAUUGGAAUGACCAAAAGCCAACUCGAAAACCCCAAACAAUUUUUAAUCACUGUUAAACGGAAAGGUGAGGAAUACAUAUUUAAAGCUCAAACCGAAUUGGACUCACAACUUUGGCAGGAUGAAAUCAGUGACAUACUUUUCUCACAACUCAAAGAAAUUAGAUCAUCAAGGGUCAUUAAAAAACGUCAAGAGCCGUCUGACUUUCAAUUUGUCAAAGCUAAUGCAAGAACCAUCGACUCGAUUGUGGAGACUGAAGAAGCUUACGUGGCAAAUUUACAAGAUUUUUUUAAGGAUUACGAGUUGUUGAAGCUAUUGCCGUCUGAACACCAGUCGGAAUUGGAGGCAAUUAUUGGAAACCUAGAGGAAAUCAGCAAGUUCCAUUCCGACGUUGUCUUGAAGGAGAUGAGGAAGCGUAAAAGUGUCGAAAGUAUGCUUCAAUGUUUCGACUACUUGAAACGCAAGUUCCAACUCCAUUACAAAUUCUACUUCCAAAACGCCCCCAGGUCUUUGCACUAUCGAGGAGUGAUGGGGGAGAAAUUAAAAAAGUCGAACGUCCACCAAUCAACCAAUCAAUCACUUCAAAACCUAAUUAAUUCUGGGGCGCUGUUGGAGCCAAUGAAGAGGAUUGCGGUCUACGAAAGACUUCUGGAGAGCAUAAAAUUUUACCGUAACGACCUCAGAGCUUCCAAACAACAUAUCCUAAACUACUUGCGACACAUUAUGAACAGCAUAAAAGAAAGCGUGUCCACCAUUCAGCAAAUUGAUGGAUUUCCAUUUCACCUCCAUCAAGGAGGCUUGGUCCUCGAAAGCGACAUGUUUGUUUCAACACCGGGCAAACAGCCGGACACCAAACAUGUUUUUUUCUUCGACAAUCUAAUUCUAUUCACAAUACCCACAGGCGCUAAUGGUAUCAAGAAGUACCAAGCGAAGGACUACUUAACAACCGAUAAAUUAAAAAUUAAACACAAUGAAAACGAGAGAAAGUUGGAGCUGUCCACCGACGUUUCUAAACUCCUCUAUACAUGCUUAACAAAUAAUCUUGAGUUAAAGAGGAAGUUGGUCAAACAUUAUGCAGCUAUAACAACCGAAAAGGAUCCCGAAUUGAAAGAUUUCUCUUGAUGUAAUGAUAAUGAUAUUUUCCGCCAAUAGACUAAAAAAACUCCGAAUAUUCAGGUAAAAGAUAAAAAAGAAUUUCGAAUCGAAUAUGUAAUAAAAAUAUUAAUAGUAUUUCCUUGUAUUAAUAAAUAAUAAAAUGUUGA